ACAAUGGCGCAUGCAAACGCAGUGCCACCUGCCGACCAGGAGGACUUACUGCAGGUUUCAACAGCUCGUAAGAGUCGCCCUGAAGGCUAUAAAAGUGGGGUCGAGGACGCGUCCAGGUUCGGUCAGACCCGCUCGUCGUCGGUCCAAACCCCGGCGAGGGUUCAAAGAGCGAUGUUCCCGUCGUCCGGUCGUUUUGUCCGGCUCACCUGCCCUUUCACCGGGCGCUGCCAGCGGCCUCAUUGCUGGUACAAACAUGCCAAAGCAGAAAGUUUGCCUGGAGCCUCCAGCUCUUCAUCACCCUUGCUAGUCGACCUCACAGGUGACCAAAAUGACGAUCGGCCCGCCGUACGUGGAGCACACGUAAUCAACGAGCCCUCAGACGAAUCCCUCCAGGAGCUCGAGCGCAUCAACAAAGCGAUUGAAACGGCCAAGUACGAAGUGGAGCGGGAGCAGAGGCGACUGUCGUGCUACCACACUGCCGAGGCCGCCGCCGCAUCCAGACCGGUCGCAGCAAAUGGUGUAAAUUCAAGCAAAGUGUCAUACUCGUGCUCGGAUGGUAACAAAACGCCUUCCCGAUUGGGGAAGUAUGUGGUUGACAUUUCCAAACCGAGGACCGAUUUGGAGUACGACCCAAUGUCCAACUUUUCAGCUGACUUCGGAUCUUACAAGUCAUCGUAUAAAGCGCAAAAAGGCAAACGCGUGCACCUAAAGCCUCUAAACCAUCAGGUCCCGCCGUGCCGCCCUGUGACAUUGGACGACGCCCAUGAUGACAGCGUCCUGAUUAUCGACGUGCCGUGCUCGCCUGAACGGAAGCCCGCCCCAGCUCCGAAACGCGCCGGCUGUGACGCUGACAAGAAGCAACACAAGGAGAAGAGCGCUGAUGAAUGUGAAGCGUCGGCAGGAAGUGUGAUUGACUUGACAGGAUGCGUGGAGGACCCUGGCGGCCAGAGUCCCGAAGCAGCAAGUCUCCAGUCGGCUGAAGAUGAAUGCUGCACUUCAGAAGAGGAAACUCAAAAUGCAAACAGUGCUGAACAAGUCAUCAAGCCCACAGAGUACAACACCGCCCAGCCCUCUUCUCCCACCGGCACGUGCACUGACGCGUGCAAUACAGCUGACUGCCACCAGGCGCCAGAAGAAGAAGCUGUAAGCACAAGUCUAGAAUCGUCUUCCCUCGCCGCAUGUGAGCAUCUGUUGUCGAAAGGCGGCAGCAGAGAGGUUAUCGUAAUUGACUCGAGCGCCGACGAGGAAGAGAACGGCUACUCUGCCGUGGAUCUGUCGGACAGCGACCCUGAAGAGGAGUGCUACCGCAUCUUCAUGGAGGCCAAGGAGAGUGGCGACCAAGAGCAGCCCGAGAUUGAGCCUAUGGAUGUGGCCAAGCCCGACAUUCCGACCGUCAAACCCCAAGAGCUACCAGCCAAGAGGAGGAUUGCUCAUAAGGCCGAAGAUACUGAGCUGCCAGUGGCCAAGAGGAGACCACAACCACUAGUCCUUGUUCCUCUGCGAGGACCGACGCCGGCAUUCACAGCCUCCCAGCUCGCCGCCGCGCCAAAGAUUCAGCAGAUUCAGCAGAAGGCGUCCAUGUUGACCGCCUCCGUGAAAGGAGGCCAAUCGUUCCUCUCGUCCAUCGGUCCGAGGAAGCCAGAGAGCCCAUUGACUGCUUCUGUCCCAGUCGCUGUCAACACUCCACCUGCUGCUCAACACAACAAGACAGUCAACUAUGUUCCUCUGGGCUCGGCUGUGCUCAACGUGGGCAAUAACCUGCGCCUGAUCCUCCCUCAGGGCACCAUCCCGCUCACCUCUGCCUGCAGUGUGGUCUCCUCCGUUCUUACGCCCAUCACUCGAGUGCAUACAAGCUCAGUCACAGUCAGGCCCCCCACGUUCACGUCGCCCGCUGUUUUGAGCACGCCAAGGUAUCGCGCGGGCGCGCCUCUGCUCAUUCCCCCCGCUGCACGUAGACCUUUUCAGCCAUCAGUGUCAUCACUGCUUUCAACCGCCGCCAGUAGCACAAACGGACAAGCCGCCACUAAGCCGGUAGCCUCCAAGCGAAAGGGGAAGGCGCAGGGCGAGGCGAGCAGAGACAAAGUCCCUCAUGAUGUCAGACAGCGCUAUGUCACCAUGUUCAUGGAGGCCUUCCUCGCCACCACCACCAAUGUCAACGAGGCCUUUGAAAAGGCGCUGGCCGAGGAGAAGGCGCUGUACAAUCGUAGCAGCAACAAACUGAAGUAUCUGAGCGUUGCUGUGAACGUGCUUAAGAGGUUGAAAAAACCCGUUGCCGCCAAAGAUGAGGAUAAAGUCAACAGCAAAACCCACAAAGGAAAUAUUCCACUCAACCGGAAGAAGCUCAGGGGAAACGACGACACAUCUUUGUAUGAGAUUUUGAGGGAUUACAUUCUGACGGAGGAGCAGCUGAUUGAAAGCAACUACCCUGUGCAACACCCGCAGAAGGCCGGCUGUGCUGUCCUUUUUGCGGACAACAAGAAGGGCAACAAUGACCCCUUCAAGAGGAUUUGCUGUCGAUGUGGAGCGACAUACUCUGUUGGCAAAACGGGCAAACACACCCGCACAGAGGAGUGCAAUUAUCACUAUGGCAAAGGAGUGGAGAACAGAGUGCCAGGUGGGGUGGAGACGCGCUACAGCUGCUGUCAGGGAGUCAUGGGCGCACCCGGAUGCCAACUUUUUAAGUUGCAUGUACACGAUUCCUUCAGCCUGGAAGGAUUCAAAUGGACAGUCCCAAAAAGUCCCACAGAUGUCAGCUGCCCAGGAAUCUACGCACUCGACUGUGAAAUGUGUUACACCAUCCACGGUCGGGAGCUGUCCAGAGUGACCGUGGUCAACUCCAGCCUCCAAGUGGUUUACGACACCUUCGUCAAACCACACAACGAGGUCAUCGACUAUAACACCAGGUUCUCCGGGAUCAGCGAGAAGGAGAUGAGGGGCAACCACACCUCUCUUUCCGAUGUGCAGAAGACCCUGCUGAGCUUCAUCAGCGCUGAUACUGUCAUAAUCGGGCAUGGCCUGCAGACUGGCCUCUGUGCCCUGAAGUUGCUCCAUGGCACGGUGGUGGACACAUCUGUGGUCUUUCCCCACCGCCUGGGUCCCCCGCACAGGCUGACCCUCAACAGCCUGACUGCAGAGUACCUGAGGAGGAUCAUCCAAGAGAGCGUGUGUGGCCAUGACACUGCAGAGGAUGCUGCUGCCUGCAUGGAGCUCAUGUUAUUGAAGAGCAAAGAUGGAAAAGUGAAAAAAUGAUGGGGAAAAUAAAUAAACUCAACCCCUGCCCCUCCUCCAAUGUACAGUCAAAAGAAAACUAUGUGCAUGUUCCUUUAUUGAAUGAAGCUGGUGAACUUUUUUUGAUUUUGCAUGUAUAUUUUUGCCUUAUGAUUUUGUUCCUUUGUUACAUUUUGAUUAAAUAUGACUUGCACUUGACUAUGUAUUAAGACAUGCCAGAUGUGGGAGGGGCUUGGUGUGAUUUAAGUAAACCUACAGAAUGA